AUGCUACCAUUGAGUUAUGCGCUGCCCUUUCUUCUCCUUCUGACGACCGCUUUCAGUUCCGCGUUCCCGAUUUCCGGUUUCCCAAGCCACAAAAGAGCGAAAGAAGGAUACGAAAUCCCGUUCCAGAGGGUCAAGUCGCGCGUCUUGCAAAGAAGAGACGGAGGAGUAACCGGGGAGACUGGGUUGGGGGAUAAUUCUGAUCUAUUGUACACAGUUCCGAUACAGCUAGGGCCCACUCUCACAUCUGUACACCUCGAUACCGGUUCCAGUGACUUAUGGGUCACCACAGACGCUUGUACUACAGCAUCUUGCGGCAAGCUCACCACUCCUUCAUACCCAAUGACCUCCUUCAAUGCCUCCGGAUCCUCCGUCACCAUGAAUUACGGUGACUCCACCACAGGCACGAAAGCUUCUGGUCCUAUAGGUUUCGACUCCGCUACGCUCGCCGGCAUCGCCAUCCAAGGUCAGACUUUUGCUGCUGUGAAUUUCACAACGAAUACCGUUGUACAAGAUGGGGCUGCUGGAAUUUUCGGACUCGGGUUCCCUGCUGGAAGUGAUAUUCAAGCAGCGAUUGUCGAAGCGCAAUCUGGACCGUUGAAACCGACAGACGAUUUCGUGCAGGAUACGUACAAGUAUGGUCCGCUGCUGGCGAGGAUCGCUGCGACAAACGCACUGGAGGAUGAUGUGUUUUCUAUUUCGUUACAGAGGAGUGAGAUCGAUGUUGGGAUCGAUAAUGGGACAUUGACGAUUGGAAAAUUGCCGGAUGGGGUGGAUAAUUCAAGUCUAACGUGGGUCCCGGUUAGACUCUAUAGUCCAUCUGAGGGAGGAUUGAGUCCUCCGACGUUUGCAAGCGCCGAGGUGUAUCCUUUCCGUUGGGAAAUUGAAAUCGACAAUGUCUAUCUGGACGGCAAAGUUCUCGCAAAUUCGACUGUCCCUGCUACCGGUGGAGUGGACAAUACCCGAGUUUCUGCCCUCAUUGACACUGGUAACUCCCUCAUCCGCGGUCCUUCCGACGUCGUCAAUUCCAUCCUAACGACCGUCUCACCGAACUUCAAUCCCGCAUCUACCAACUCUCUCCCUGUAUUGGACUGCACCGCUGCUCAUACACUCGCGUUCCAGAUUGGCGGAAAGAUGUUCCCAGUGGAUCCAAGGGAUUUCAUUAGCGAUACAAAGGCAACGAACACAAAGACGUGUGAGGCAGAUAAUGUUGUUGCGACGGAUCCACCGGGUGUUGGAGCGCUAUUUAGAUGGAGCUUAGGGGAUCCGUUCCUGAAAUCGACAUUAGUUGCAUUCCAUUAUGGAAACCUCACUCAUCCUUCCUUGGAUCCACCCCGGAUUGGAUUCCUCUCCAUGGUGCCGGACAAUGCAGAUGCAUUGCUCACCCAGGCUGUCGAAGAUGCCCAGAGUGCUGGAGGUUUCGAAAUCACCAGUGAAGCCGCACCCACAGCUAGCGCGGCAGCUGAAGCGAAUUCCGCGAUCACCAUUGUUCCGACCUCCCCAACAGUGCCGACUAGCGCUUCAUCUGCAAGCUCUACUGUGUCUGCCUCGACGACGGACUCUAACGGUCCUCAGACAACAAAAGCCUCGAACGGGGCGGGAAACCUACGACCUAAUGGUGUGCAUUCAUUGCAGUUGCUAUGUCGUUCAAAGUCAGAUGGGAUCAACGAUAGUUGGUUAAGAUGGAUCGGUACCAGUGUAAGUAAUUGGCCUCAGGUGGAACUGAGCAUUGCUUUGGGUGUGGGGGUUCCAGUGACGGCAAUGAUUUUCACGUAG